CCGAAAGAUAUUGACUUCGAUGACUUGCCAGAGUUCAGUGCUUGGGUGGAGGAUGGUGAUUGAGAGAUGAGUCCAUGGACUCGCGUAGUGCCGGGAAGGGAUCUGUGCGAGGGAGGGUUGAGGAACCAGAGAGUGGGUCGUCGUCGUCUUGAUAUGCGGCUGUUGCCCAGCCGGUGUUAGGAGACGAUGUGAAAAAAGUAGCCCCUGGCAUGGGAUACACACUGAGCCGUGGGGUGGUAGGAGUGGUAGUAUCGAGAGCGCAGAAAGUGCCUUGGGUGGCGGCGGGAGUUGAAAGGGUGAAUGCAUUCUUGAAGAUGGUUGAAAUGGCGAGGGUAUUGCAACUGGUAUUAUUGGGCUGGAGUAAGCAGAAGAAGUCGCAUUAAUUGGUGAAGAUGGUUUUGGGGGUAUCGCUGGACUGUGCGGACGCGAGAACGACGUCCCUGUCACUGGGGACAACAGUGGCGACAGGAAUAGAGCACGGACCGAAGCUCUGGCGCAAUGCCCAAGCCACUCAGAUCGACAUCGGAGGUUUUGAUGGCGGUGCGAGUGGGGGUGGAAGCAUUGUGGACGGUGUUCUGGGUAUCGUCCGUGUCGUCAUCGGAGUGAUAUGCACUAAGCACAAUAUCGGAAAUCAAGGUCGUCUGUUGACAGCAAUGAACAUACGCUCGACUUUGGCACGUGAAAAACGGUUCAGAAAGCGCGAAACGACCGGUGCGGCGAAGAAUCAUAUAUAUAAUAUCGGCGUGGUAGAUGAUCUGCGCCGCCGAUGUGUUUACCAUUGCGCAGUGUUUGCAUGCGAUCCGAUCAUAUCGGAAAGUGACAAAACUGCAGUGCUCCUUGGAGCUGAAGCCGAAUGGACACCAAGCUUUCAACUUCCAAGUGCACUACAUAAGCAAGUUAGAUCUCUGUCAAAGGAAGAAUAUGUAAGGCUCGAACCAAGUGAAGAUUGCAGACCCACACUAAAACUAGAAUACGCCGUCAGCGUGCUCAACCAAAUCAAGUUCUGCAAUUCCAAUCUCAACUAA